AUGCUACUGGCCACCCAACGCUUACCUGCUGCGGAUCAUGUUGCUUUGGGCGAGUCAAGUUUGAGUCCAGUGUCAUCCUUCGACAACUCUCAUCGAGCAAUUUUAGCUCUGGAAGAACAAAUGGAGAAUAUCUACUCCCGAGCAUUCACUGAAAAUAAUAACUCAAGGCCAGACCCAACAUCAGCGAUAUGGCAAGAUCUUGCUCUCACUAUAGCUAGAUAUGUGUAUGCUAUACAUCGUUUUGUUGAGAAACAAUUGACCAUCGAGGCACUUCAGUUAUGCACCCCUAGUAAUAGCAUCUGGAAAAGUUGCACCAAUGCCUUAACACGGGUUUUUCCUUACCUGAACUUCAUCAUAGAAAACCAAAUUCAGUCAGUGAACUUUUCCUUGGCCUUUUUCCAUGAGAUGAGUGUGGCUACUGACUGCUCAUUUCAGUACUUAAUAAUCUUUAAGGAUCUAGUGGAACAUAAGGUAUCACAGUUAGAUCUCAUUAAUCACUCUUUAUUAUUGAGAGUUGUCAUAUAUAUUCAUGACAAGCUAGACAAUGUUGAAAUGGAGAUCUUGAACUACAGGAAAUCUUUGAAAGUUUUUAACGAAGUUUUGCUCUGUUAUUAUUUUGCAAUUUUUCAAUACAAGGACAACAAUGUUGGUGUUGCCAUCGGAUUAGUAAAUUACGGGCUAUUGUUACUUCAGGCAAAACAUACCAUUGAUUUGGAAUCAUCUAUGCUUCCUGAACUGGGCCCAAAGGAAAGUGCUGAUAAGCUUAAUACGCUCAAAUCCAAACUGAAUAUCAGUUCCAAACUCCAACAGAAACGAAACCAACUCAAAUCAUCCAAAAUUAACAAAUCAAACUCUAAUACCGAAAAUUUAGAGUCCAAUAUUGUAGCUUCAUCCAAAAUUCAUAACAGACUUUUGUUAUCUCUUCCGCAGUCUUUUCAGAUGCCUUUGCGUCAAAUUUUCGAUUCUUUUAACUCUUUGAAUCUAACAUUUCACAAAGAGAACAAGUGUCUCCAUUUCCAACAAAUUCCGUCCUCUGACUCUAUUGCUACCUCUCACCUUUACAACUCAGAGCGUUUGCCGAAUGGAAGGAAUGUUCCUCUUUUCAAUCAACAGGAAGUAUGGACUCCGACAGUAUUACAAAGCAAGCAUGACAGCAAUCAGUCAUAUAUAGGGAAGGGAACUUACUACUAA